AUGGCGACCCUGGCGGAGAAGCUCGAGAAAAUCAAGUCUCCCAAGUUGCAGAAUCAGCACCAUACGGCUGUGGUACUUUCUGCAGUGGAAGACACGCUCCGGGAUCAGAACGCAGACUUUUCACCUACAGCUUACUUCGCAGCGCUACUUGCUUUGCUGUCGCAGUCGAUCUCUGCCGAGCAGGGCAUUGUCAACAAGGAUCUGGCAACCUCAGUGGUCUACCUCCUCGACAUUACUACCGCCUACGCCCCCGCCCCAAUUCUCCGUUCCAAGUUCGCCCAGAUUCUUACCAGCCUUGCCCCCGCUCUCUCGUUGCCCGAAUCCGAAGCUCCGUUGCUUAGACCGUCGAUCGGCUGCCUCGAGUCGCUACUCAUCGCUCAGGAUGCCGCAGCAUGGAAUCUCCCCCACACCCAGAUCAGCCCGCGCCGGGCCACUGCGGGCUUGCUGAGCUUGUCCGUGGAUCACCGCCCUAAGGUACGCAAGAGGGCCCAGGAUGCUUUGAUCAAGGUCCUGAAGACUCCUCCUCCCAGCCCGUCGCUUGAUCACCCGGCGGCAGAUAUGUGUGCCGAGUCCGCACUCCGCACAUUGGGCGACAGUAUCGCCGCCGCAGCCAAACAGAAGCGAGGCCGUAACGACCCUCACACACAUAACCAUGAUCCGCUGGUCAUCCACUCCCUUCAACUGGUGAAGACAGUCGCGACCGCCUCGGGAGGCUGGCCGAGCAAGAAGAUCGAGCCGCUAUGCGAGUUGCUGAUGAAUGCUUCCCGGUCGAGCAACGAGUUCAUCACAAUGGGUGCGUUCGAGGUGUUCGAGGUUAUUUUCUCCAGCAUGGCCGAUGAUUUCUCGUCGUCAAAGCUGCCCCGUCUUCUUGAGGCGAUUUCGGAAUUGAAGCCCGCACAGAACGAUUCGCAAUUGCUCCCUCCAUGGAUUGCCGUUCUGUCCCGCGGGUACGAUGUGUCUUCGCAGAUCAGCCCCGAGGAUACCUUCGAGAAGCUGCCCUCCUUGUUCGACAUGAUCUCCAGUUAUUUGGCAUCGCCAUCGAAGAACAUUAGGAUUUCGGCAUCGGAAUGUCUGGUUUCAUUCAUGGCCAACUGUAUUCCUAAUAGUGUGAUCAUUGAACCAUCGGUCUACGAUGAGAAAACGCUCGAGAAGUUAGCCAAGAAAGCGACAAAUCUGCUUUCCGUGAAGUUCCAAGCGGCUUGGGCAGAAGUGUUCAAUGUGUGCUCGGCAAUGUUCGAUAGCUUCAAGUGGCGGUCCAGUCCGUUUUUGAACGACAUUGUGAAGACUGUGGGAGAGCUCCGUAGUAACGAAUCCUUCCAUGGCAAGAAGCAAGCCGAUCAGGUUCUCGGCAGUGCCGUUGAAGCCAUGGGCCCUGCGGCCGUCCUUGAGAUUCUGCCUCUUAAUAUUAUUGAGCAAAAGGCCGGUCAACCGGGUCGCGUUUGGUUCCUCCCUGUGCUUCGAGACCAUGUUACCAACACAAACCUCGCUCAUUUCCGUUCCGAGCUCGUUCCUCUGAGUGAAGCUCUGUAUCAGAAGGUUAUGGCCUUCACCACCGCAGAGAAGCCUGUGGAGACAAAGAUCUUCGAAACACUUGUUCAACAGACCUGGUCCAUUCUUCCUGGAUACUGCGAGCUGCCUUUGGAUCUAGUUGAGGCUUUCGAUCAGAGCUUCGCCGAGCUUCUCUCCAACGUGCUCUACAAGCAAGCUGAUUUGCGUGUGGACAUUUGCAAGGCUUUGCAGAACCUAGUGGAGUCAAACCAGGCCAUUCUGUCUCUCGAGGCGGAGGGUGACGACUUGGUUCUUCAGCGAAGAAUCACCAAGAAGGAUGCGGAGAAGAACGUCGCCCAUCUUGCCGGUUUUGCCAGCAACUUGCUGGCUGUGCUUUUCAACGUGUACAGCCAGACACUUCCACAUUACAGAGGCUACAUUCUGCAAUGUAUUAAUGCUUACUUGAGUAUCACUCCCGAGAAGGAGCUCAAUGAUACGUUUACACGUGUUACUUCUAUGCUGGAGUCAUCGGUGGCUUCGGAGAAGGAGGCUGCAGAAAAGCAGGGCCAUCAACAAGGUGGUGCUGGUGACAAGAUGCCUCCCACUUCUCACACUUUGAUCGACUUGGUUAUCGCCAUGUCGAUUUAUCUCCCUCGCUCCAGCUUUGCAAGCCUGUUCGCCAUGGCUGCGGCUGUCCUAAAUGGACAUACUAGUGAUCAGCAGCUGAUUAAGAAGGCAUACAAGUUGAUUCCCCGUUUGGCCACCACUGAGACGGGUGCUGCUGCUCUCCGUGAGCGGAGUUCCGAGCUCCAAACCCUCAUCCUUUCGACAGCGGAUAAGACACCAGCCUCUGCUCGCCGUGAUCGUAUGCUUGCCAUUGACGAGCUCAUUACGUACCUCCCAACCUCUGACCUGCAUUUCAUCCCCUCUGUCCUUUCUGAGGUUGUCUUGGGCUGCAAGGAGAGCAACGAGAAGGCCAGGACUGCUUCCUUCGAUCUACUCAUCCACCUUGCGAAGAGAACUACCGACUCUGAACUGAACCCAGCUGGAACCAAGAUUCGCAACUCGCUAGUACCCCACAUGCCCGACAAUGCUCCCGAUGCUCCUGCAACCAUGGAGGAAUUCUUCACUAUGGUGUCUGCGGGUCUGGCAGGUAGCUCGCCACACAUGGUUGCUGCAUCCGUGACAGCCUUGUCUCGCUUGUUCUUCGACUUCCACACCGAAAUUCAACCAGCUGUGCGCUCCGACCUGGUGCAGACCGUGGAGCUGUUCCUUACCAGCAACAACCGCGAAAUUGUCCGAUCUGUGCUCGGCUUCGUCAAGGUUGCCGUUGUCGUGCUUCCCGAUGAUGUGCUUCGUACACGCAUCAACACUCUGGUACCAAACCUCAUGGUAUGGAGCAAGGAGCACAAGGGCCGUCUCCGCAGCAAGGUCAAGGGUAUCCUGGACCGCCUGAUCCGCCGCUUCGGUGCAGCCCCGAUUGAAGAACUGGUUGGUGAGGCCGACCGGAAGUUAGUCGUGAACAUCCGGAAGCAGCGCGAGCGUAGCAAGAAGAAGAAGCAGGCUGAGAAGGGUGAUGACGACGAGGAGGACGAAGAGGCCGCCGACAACAAGAACGCCAAGGCCCAGUCUUACGGCAGCAACGCCUUCGACAGAGCCGUCUACGACUCCGACUUCUCCGACUCUGACGACGACGCUAGCGAACUUGAUGUCGACGAACACGGCGACACCCACGCCAUCAACAAGGGUGGCCGCAAGGGCAAGAAGCCCAACAGGCAGAGCGAGCAAUACAUCCGCGAGAACGACGACACCCCGCUGGAUCUUCUCGCCCCUGACGCCCUGGCCAGUAUCUCGACCACCAAGCCUAGCGUCCGCUUCCUCAACACUGGCCCCGGAUCCCGCCGCAAGCACUCCGCCAAGGUCGACGCAGAAGGCCGUCUCCUCCUGGGCGAUGAUGACAACAACGACGUCGAGAUGUCCGGUGGACUUGACGGCAACGCUGAAGGAUGUGACAGCGCCAUCAACGCCUACGUCGCGGCCGUUAGUGGACCCGACGCCGUCCGUCGUGGCCAGCGCGGCAAGUUCAAGAUGGCCCAGGCCCAGAAGGGCAAAUCCAACCGCGGAGACGACAUGGAUGUGGACGAGGGCGACGAGCCCGCCCCAUCAAGAGGCGACAACCGACAGCAAACCGGCCGCCGUGGUCUUGGAAUGCCUAAGAGCCACGGACCCAGUGGAGGACGGAUCCAAAAGCGCAAGCCCAUGCGCGGCGGCCGCUUCGGAAAGAGGAGAUAA